AUAUGUGGAAUUUUAAUUUAAAAGGCUGGAAGUCUAGAAGAGCUAGCUGGGAUUGUUGACACGUGAAUCAGAAGAUCUUUACAAUUUCAGCAUUUAUCAGUUCUGGGCCAAAGUUUCCCGUCGACGAAACGUGUAGAACUGCGAUUUGGAACCCUUGGCCAUCAACACUGUCAACAUUGCGCGUACAACAUGAUCGCAAGAAACGUCACAAGUUCGUCGACUGGGCUCCAUUCUGUUAAUGAGGUCAGAAGCACAAACAACGUGAGUAGGAAACUGUUCAUCACGUUGGCUCCAUCCUCGUGGAAAGGGAUAGCCAGUCAGCUCUUGCAUCCUACAAUCAAUCCGGUCGUGCUCAAGUGAUCAUUGUUACAAGUGAAUGUAGCAUGGUUUGACUUCUCGAGCAUGAAGUGUUUGGUGGCUGAAGCUUCAAAUGUACAUCUCGUACCGGAUCCCUUUCGCAAUCAGAAUGCCGCCACACUAUUUCAUUCACUCGUGUUAUAAGAGUUCCACGAGGGAGGAAACCUGUAGCCUCAAGAUCUGCUACCGCUCGAAGUCGUCAAUCGACGAAAAAUAUGAAUAUUGCACACUGCAAAGAAUUCGGCAACUGCAUGACUCAGAGUGCCGCCUCCGCAACAAAAACAUGCAGGGAUGAAUAUAGAUGAGCCCUUUGCUGCUGAAUCUCUUCGCCCUCCUUGUGUCACGAGUCUCAUGACUCCGACUCGGCACACGGGUGCUUCUUACGGGCACACGAGAGAGACGACUGUAGAUCCGGAUCUGCUGUUGAACAGUCGGAACAUUCCUUACUUAGAAACUCAUGGGUCGAAAAAUGGAAAGGCCCAUUAAACAAGUUCCGUUUCUUGCCUCUGCAUUAUUUCCAUGCUGUCUAAGAUUGGUAGCUUUUUGAGCUGCACUCAAGCCGUGACAGAACGUGCCCAGCGUCCAGCUAGACUCGUUGCAAAUCAAGAAGAUGUCGAAGCUCGCAACUUCGACUGUUCAUUCGUUCUGAUCCAGGUCUAACUCGUCCGAGCACGAGUGCCAUGGCCACAGGCCGAGUCCUCUCCAGGGUUGAGAUUCUUCCCACUCCGGCUUACCGAAGGUCUGUCCUGAACGUCCCCCGCACAACCACACCAUACCUGGCGAGCGACAGCCCCGUCAUUGUGCGUUUUCUCCCUCAAGGACGUCCUUUCUCUUCCCUGUCCUGUGCUUCAAGCCACACGGCUGCGCUGUGUGGCUUUCACACAGUUGGUCGCUCAGUGGCGCGAGCAGAAGAAGGUUACGACGAUAUAUCGAUAUCUGCCUUCAGCCGAGCAAUCAGUCGAAUUCAACGUACAUUCUCUUCGACGUAGACUCUGCAGAAAUUUGGUAACAUUUACUUAUUUAGAAAUCCGACCGAGUUCAGGUGCCAGGGUAGCGACCUGGAAUUUGUGCAGUGAGGCAGUGUCUUCUCUUCGGGUGAUUCAAUCUGGCCAUUCAGCCGAUCAUUAGUGAUACAUGAGGCAGGUUCUUAACGUUCCAGCUGUCAGACUCUCCGAGAAGUGACUUGUGAGAUCAGGGACUCGAGAAUUGAGCUGGACCAGAAAGAAACUCGAGUGGGAAUCGUGGAAUAUCUCGAAGUCCACAUGGGAAGACAGAAGACGGUUGUGCCGAGUCUGGUGGGGUCAUUACUUCUGAACUUCACGGUCUUGACUUGGGCAGCUACUUUCAACAUCACAUCGAUUUUCGAUGAGUUUCCCGACUUCAGCAUUUUCAACCAGCUGCUGACCGACACGAGAGUGGCAGGCGAAAUCAAUCGCCGACAGGGUGUGACCGUCCUCGCUCCUUCCAACGAAGCGAUGACGGAUUUCAGGAGCGCGAACCCCGCUCUCGAGGGGGACAGGGUAGCCAACCUUCUGCGCUACCACGUUCUCCUCGACUUUUUGACUAUCCAAAACCUCCAGCGCCUGGACAUCGCCAACUACACGAGAGUGGGCACUCUCUUCCGAACCACCGGCCCGGCCAACGCCGACGACGCGAGCGUCAACCUCUACAACACCCCGUCGAAUAUAUUCAUAGGCAGCUCCGCCGUCGACAGCAGUCAGAACUCGACCGUGAUCAGCACGGUGUUUCUGCAGCCCUCGGACGUCAGUGUCAUCAUGAUAGACCGGACGCUGCAGCCAGUGGGGUUCGAGACUCCUCGCGGAGCUGCCAACAUCACCGGGACAUUGCAGGACCUGGGAGGGUACAGCAUUUUCGUGAGCUUGCUCACGCAGACGGGAGUGGACGUGGUAUUCGGAGGCCGGCAGUCGGGAGAGGGAAUCACCAUCUUCGUUCCGACCGACGAGGCGUUCAACAAAUUGCCCGGCCAGUGGUUCGAGGCAUUCGAGCUCAAGGAGCAGAAGCUGCUGCUCGAGUAUCACGCGCUGACGAGGUACAACUCUCUCGAUGCGCUGUGGCGCUACCGGGACAAGCAGGUGCCGACCGUGUCGUCCACCGUGCAGGAAGGUCCCGACGCGUUCAACCUACUCGUCACGGCCAACAAGGGCUUGGUUACGAUACACUCCUCCACGCCGGACAAGCCCGUCGCGACGCUCCAGUCCACCUUGUUCGACGCGAGCCCGCUUGUGCUGUACUCCAUCGACGAGGUCUUGCUUCCGGUCGAGCUCUUCGGUGACGUAAUGGCGGUGCCGCUAACUCCACCGGCGCCUCCACCUGCACCUGCCUGCGCUGCCGCGCCCGCGCCCGCUCCUUCUCCCGCGCCUCCACCUCCCGUCAAGCCCAAGCCCAAAAGGCCCGUGCCGCCAGCUCCUCCGUCGCCGCCGAUCGCUUCGUCCGCCGGAGCGGACUCGCCGCUCGGCUCUCUGCCGUUGGCGCUACUCUUGACGGCCGUUCUCCGGUUUAGUCUCCGACUUUGAGAAGGCCGACGUCGC